GAGGCGUGACAGUUUAUCAUGACCGUGUUCAGGCAGGAAAACGUGGAUGAUUACUACGACACCGGCGAGGAACUUGGAAGCGGGCAGUUUGCAGUCGUGAAGAAAUGCCGCGAGAAAAGCACCGGUCUACAGUAUGCUGCCAAAUUCAUCAAGAAAAGGAGGACGAAAUCCAGCCGGCGGGGCGUGAGCCGCGAGGACAUCGAGCGGGAGGUCAGCAUCCUGAAGGAGAUCCAGCACCCCAACGUCAUCACCCUGCACGAGGUUUACGAGAACAAGACGGAUGUCAUCCUGAUUUUGGAACUCGUUGCAGGCGGUGAGCUGUUUGACUUCUUAGCAGAAAAAGAAUCUUUGACUGAAGAGGAAGCAACUGAAUUCCUCAAACAAAUUCUUAAUGGUGUUUACUACCUGCACUCCCUUCAGAUUGCCCACUUUGAUCUUAAGCCUGAAAACAUAAUGCUUUUGGAUAGAAAUGUCCCUAAACCUCGGAUCAAGAUCAUCGACUUUGGGUUGGCCCAUAAAAUUGACUUUGGCAAUGAAUUCAAAAACAUAUUUGGGACGCCAGAGUUUGUUGCUCCUGAGAUAGUCAACUAUGAACCACUUGGUCUGGAGGCAGAUAUGUGGAGUAUCGGAGUAAUAACCUAUAUUCUCCUAAGUGGGGCCUCCCCAUUUCUCGGAGACACUAAGCAAGAAACAUUAGCAAAUGUAUCCGCUGUCAACUACGAAUUUGAGGAAGAAUACUUCAGUAAUACCAGUGCCCUAGCCAAAGAUUUCAUAAGAAGACUGCUUGUCAAAGAUCCAAAGAAGAGAAUGACAAUUCAAGAUAGUUUACAGCAUCCCUGGAUCAAGCCUAAAGAUACCCAGCAAGCACUUAGUAGAAAAGCAUCAGCAGUAAACAUGGAAAAAUUCAAGAAGUUCGCAGCCCGGAAAAAAUGGAAACAAUCCGUUCGCUUGAUAUCACUGUGCCAAAGAUUAUCGAGGUCGUUCUUGUCCAGAAGUAACAUGAGUGUUGCCAGAAGCGAUGAUACUCUGGAUGAGGAAGACUCCUUUGUGAUGAAAGCCAUCAUCCAUGCCAUCAACGACGACAAUGUCCCAGGCCUGCAGCACCUCCUGGGCUCUUUGUCCAACUAUGAUGUUAACCAACCCAACAAGCAUGGGACACCUCCAUUACUUAUUGCUGCUGGCUGUGGAAAUAUUCAAAUGCUACAACUGCUCAUUAAAAGAGGCUCAAGAAUUGAUGUCCAGGAUAAGGGUGGAUCCAAUGCCAUUUACUGGGCUUCUCGGCAUGGCCACGUAGAUACCUUGAAAUUUCUCCAUGAGAACAAAUGCCCUUUGGAUGUUAAAGACAAGUCUGGAGAGACAGCCCUUCAUGUGGCAGCUCGCUAUGGCCACGCCGAUGUGGUUCAAUUACUGUGCAACUUCGGCUCCAAUCCCAAUUUCCAGGACAAGGAAGAAGAAACCCCCCUGCACUGUGCUGCCUGGCACGGCUAUUACUCUGUGGCCAAAGCCCUUUGUGAAGCUGGCUGCAACGUGAACAUUAAGAACCGAGAAGGAGAGACGCCCCUCCUGACAGCCUCUGCCAGGGGCUACCAUGACAUAGUGGAGUGUGUGGCUGAACACGGAGCCGAUCUUAAUGCUUCCGACAAGGAUGGACACAUCGCCCUUCAUCUUGCUGUAAGACGAUGUCAGAUGGAGGUUAUCCAGACUCUCAUCAGCCAGGGAUGUUUCAUCGAUUUCCAAGACAGGCACGGCAACACCCCACUCCACGUGGCCUGCAAAGAUGGCAAUGUGCCUAUUGUGGUGGCCCUCUGUGAAGCCAACUGCAAUUUGGAUAUCUCAAACAAGUAUGGACGAACGCCUCUACACCUUGCAGCCAACAACGGGAUUCUCGACGUGGUCCGCUACCUCUGUUUGGCAGGUGCCAACGUGGAGGCGCUGACCUCGGAUGGAAAGACAGCAGAAGAUCUUGCUAGAUCGGAACAGCAUGAACACGUAGCAGGUCUCCUUGCAAGACUCCGAAAGGAUACGCACCGAGGACUCUUCAUCCAGCAGCUGAGACCCACGCAGAACCUGCAGCCGAGAAUCAAACUGAAGCUGUUCGGGCACUCGGGGUCUGGGAAGACCACGCUGGUGGAGUCUCUCAAGUGUGGGCUGCUGAGAAGCUUCUUCAGGAGACGCCGGCCCAGGCUGUCCUCCACCAACUCCACCAGGUUCCCACCUUCGCCCCUGGCGUCCAAGCCGACAGGUAGGCGCCUCCACCUGGACCCCUCUUUCUCCAAUAGGUGCUUGCUUUUGACCUCUCUGGGGUCAAGGCCUAGGAUAGGUGAUGGCUUUGUGAUGGUUGCUUGGCCCCAGGUGGAGCAGAUCCCACUGCCUUGGUGGCUUUCAGGAGUUGGCGAUUUCAGUGUGUGGGAGUUCUCUGGAAAUCCUGUAUACUUCUGCUCUUAUGACUAUUUUGCUGCAAAUGACCCCACAUCAAUCCAUAUCAUCGUUUUUAGUCUAGAAGAACCCUAUGAGAUCCAGUUGAAUCAAGUGAUUUUCUGGCUCAGCUUCCUGAAGUCUCUUGUGCCAAUUGAAGAACCCAUAGCCUUUGGCGGCAAGCUGAAAAACCCACUCCGAGUUGUCCUGGUGGCCACCCAUGCUGACAUCAUGAACGUUCCUCGUCCAGCUGGAGGCGAGUUUGGAUAUGACAAAGACACGACGUUGCUGAAAGAGAUCAGGAACAGGUUUGGGAACGAUCUUCACAUUUCAAAUAAGCUAUUUGUUCUGGAUGCUGGGGCUUCUGGGUCUAAGGACAUGAAGGUACUUCGAAACCACCUGCAAGAAAUACGGAGCCAGAUCGUUUCGGUCUGCCCUCUGAUGACUCACCUGUGUGAGAAAAUCAUCUCCACGCUGCCUUCCUGGAGGAAGCUCAAUGGGCCCAACCAGCUGAUGUCGUUGCAGCAGUUUGUGUAUGACGUGCAGGACCAGCUGAACCCCUUGGCCAGCGAGGAGGACCUCAGGUGCAUAGCCCAGCAGCUCCAUAGUGCUGGCGAGAUCAACAUCAUGCAGAGUGAAACAGUCCAGGAUGUGCUGCUUCUGGACCCCCGCUGGCUCUGCACCAACGUCCUGGGCAAGCUGCUCUCCGUGGAGACCCCACGGGCCUUGCACCAUUACCGGGGCCGCUACACCAUGGAGGACGUCCAGCGCCUGGUGCCCGACAGCGACGUGGAGGAGCUGCUGCAAAUCCUAGAUGCCAUGGACAUCUGCGCCCGGGACCUGAGCAGCGGGACCAUGGUGGACAUCCCCGCCCUGAUCAAGACAGACAACUUGCACCGCUCCUGGACGGACGAGGAGGACGAGGUGAUGGUCUAUGGCGGCGUGCGCAUCGUCCCCGUGGAGCACCUAACCCCCUUCCCAUGCGGCAUCUUUCACAAAGUCCAAGUGAACCUGUGUCGGUGGAUCCACCAACAGAGCGCCGAGGGAGAUGCGGACAUCCGCCUGUGGGUGAGCGGCUGCAAGAUAGCCAACCGCGGGGCCGAGCUUCUGGUGCUUCUGGUCAACCAUGGCCAGGGCAUCGAGGUCCAGGUGCGCGGGCUGGAGACGGAAAAGAUCAAGUGCUGCCUCCUUCUGGACUCGGUGUGCAGCACCAUUGAGAACGUCAUGGCCACCACGCUGCCCGGGCUGUUGACGGUGAAGCAUUACCUGAGCCCCCAGCAGCUGAGGGAGCAUCACGAGCCCGUCAUGAUCUACCAGCCUCGGGACUUCUUCCGGGCGCAGGCCCUUAAGGAGACCUCACUGACUAACACCAUGGGUGGGUACAAGGAAAGCUUCAGCAGCAUCAUGUGUUUCGGGUGUCACGACAUCUACUCACAGGCCAGCCUGGGGAUGGACAUCCAUGCGUCAGAUCUGAACCUGCUGACCCGGAGGAAACUUAGUCGCCUGCUGGACCCGCCCGAUCCCAUGGGGAAGGAUUGGUGCCUUCUCGCCAUGAACUUGGGCCUCCCCGACCUUGUGGCAAAGUACAACACUAAUAACGGGGCUCCCAAAGAGUUCCUCCCGAGCCCAAUCCAUGCCCUGCUCCGGGAAUGGACCUCCUACCCCGAAAGUACCGUCGGCAUCCUCAUGUCCAAACUGCGGGAGCUUGGGCGCCGGGACGCGGCGGACUUUCUCCUGAAGGCAUCCUCUGUGUUCAAAAUCAACCUCGAUGGCAACGGCCAGGAAGCCUACGCCUCAAGCUGCAAUAGUGGCACAUCGUACAAUUCCAUUAGCUCUGUCGUGUCGCGGUGAAGGCAGCCUUGGCUUGGGCAGGGUCUCUUUGGACUGCAGAGGCAAGGAGGAAGCAGCCCAUCAGAGAGUCCGGGUGCACCCCUUCCUAUGCCCACAUCCCGAAGGACGUCACCCUCCCUCCAGCUUCACCUGUCUCUCUGCCACGCCCUCCUUCGCUCUCACACAUUCCAUUGUGAGUGAAUGGUCUUUCUAGUUUAAGAGCAGACCAUAUCCUUUCCUUUGGCCAUUUGAAAAGGUAGCGUCCCUCCCCUCCGUGUUCUGGACUCCAUCUCUCAGAGUCUAGUACCUUGCUUCUUAACUGAUCAUUUCACUGGAAUUCCUAACUUUUCAAUGAAAAAAUUUCACUACUAUAUUGAUUGUCCUUUAAAUAAAAAGCGCACAUUUAUCCAAAUGUGCAUUUCUUAUAUUCUUUUCUUUGUUAUACCAUGUCCUCAGCUUAUCUUUUUUAUAUUUGUAGGAAAACCUCUCAUGUAUGGACUCCCACUGUAUGAUUUAUAAAUAGACAAUAUGUGAGUGCCUUUUGCAGACGAGGGUGUGUUUGCCAUCAUCCAAGUCAGCCAGGAGCUGUCUGUCGGGAAGGAAACACUCCCUCUCUGUCCCUUGCUGUAUGCUGAUCAUCGCCAGAGGUGCUUCACCCUAAAUUGGCUUUGUUUGUUUGUUUUCUUCCGGCAAUGUUUGUGCUUUAUUUGGCAAGGAAAGGGAUGAAAGGAAUCCUCCUCUAGAGUGAUUUCAUGGCCAGUGUUGUUGCUCCAAUAAGACAUGUGUUCGUUAGCUUUCGUUUAAACGUCAAUGUGAACGUCCACAUGGAAACUACAAACUGUCAUGCUUUAUCAUUCCCUCUCAUCUCAGGUAGAAGGUCGACACAGUUGUAGGGCUAUGAAGAUCUGUAGGACAAUUCAGAAAACCCCUGACUCAUGAUUUGCGGCAGUCCGUUGUCAUUUGUGCAUAGCAGAUGGUUUUCCACAUUUAGAUCCUGGUUUGAUAACUUCCUAUACUUGAAGUCUAAAAAAAAGAAAAUAAGGAAGCAAGUUUAAUCUUGCAGUGCUUUUAAAUUGUGAUAGAGUUUUAAAUUCAUAUGAGGGAACAUGUCCUAAUUCUUCUGUCCUGAGAAGCAUGUAAUUUUAAUGUUAUAUCAUAUGUAUAUAUAUAUAUGCAGUAUGUAUAUACAUAUAUAUUAAUACAAGUAUU